CUUGGAGGGAAGCAGGUGUCCGAAAUUGCACCGUUUUCCUAACCGUAAAUUCAGCCGUUCGCCCACAUUUCGCAAUAUCUGCACCCAUCUUUGUUCUUUGGUCACAUUUUGCCAAGAAGACUUUUUCGACUGGCUUACGCUGAAUAAAACAAAAGGAGGUGCGUGCGUGCUGUGAAUUAUUGAGCUCUGAUAAAGGUUUAUUUCACUUACGCGCGGAAGGCGAGUGGAGUCCUGCGGAAACAAGCCAAUAGAAAGUGCAGUCUUGUCUCACAGAAACCUCAGGACCCGCUUGAUCUGGUCCCCAGGCACUAUGACGACGCACUGGACGCUGGAAGACCUGUGCCUCUCUCUGCUGUGUGUGGCCCUGCUGGGCACCAUCGAAGGAGUGCGCUCGGCCUCCCAGAAACAGUCCGACUCCUUCUGCGUCUUUCAGGAGAAGAAGUAUAAAGCAGGCGAGAGAUGGCAUCCCUUCCUGGAGCCCUACGGACACGUUUACUGCAUCAACUGCCUUUGCUCUGAGACUGGCAGUGUGCUGUGUAACCGGAUAAAAUGCCCCCCUCUACCAUGCUCCAGUCCCGUGCCAGUUCCACAGCAGUGCUGCCACCGUUGCCCAGAGGUGUCCCCCUCUCCUCUGCUGGCGAGGGUAGGGGGAAGGCCCUGUAACUACAGCGGGGCACAGUACCAGCACGGGGAGGUGUUCGUGGCAGAGGGGCUCUUCCCCAACCGCCAAGUCAACCAGUGCUCCCAGUGCAGCUGCUCUGAGGGGAACGUGUACUGCAGGCUGCGGACCUGUCCCAAGCUCACCUGUCCGUUUCCCGUCGCUGUGCCGGAAUCCUGCUGUCGGGUUUGUAAAGGUGAUGGGGACACACCGUGGGACCCGAUGGAAGGAGAGAGCUUUCGGCAGCCUGCUAACAGAGAGGCAAGACACUCGUACCAGCGCGCUCAGUAUGAGCUGCUGUCCGCCCGCUCUCUCUCCAGCCUGCCGCGUGCCCCCAGCUUCCGCUCACACCGCGGUCUCCUUAGCGACCAGCAGCAGACCGCGGGCACCACCGUCCAGAUCCUCAUCAACAACCACAACCAGCACGGCCGGGUGUGCGUGUCCAACGGGAAGACCUACUCCCACGGCGAGUCCUGGCACCCAGUGCUGCGCUCCUUCGGUGUCAUGGAGUGCGUCCUGUGCACCUGCAACCUCACCCGCCAGGAGUGCAGGAAGAUCCACUGCCCCGACGCCUACCCCUGCAAGCACCCUCAGAAGACUGACGGCAAGUGCUGCAAGGUUUGUCAAGUGGAGGAGCUGGCAUUGAGUAAGGAGGGCAGUAAGGAGUACUUCUGUGGGGAGGUGACGCUGCCCGUGUACCAGGCCCUGCCUUCUGGAGAUGGGUCCAGCAUCAGAACCAUCGCCCUGGAGACGGAGCAGCCCCCCGAGGUCGAGCUGCACAUCUGGGCUGUAGACAAAGGUGUGCUGCGAAGCUUCCGUAUUGAGAAGAUCUCCACCAAGGACUUCCUGAAACGCAGUGACUUCAAGCCACUGACCCGAACUACACAGAGCCGGUGGAAGAUAUUCCGUGAGGGCGAGACCCAGAUCAGUCAGAUGUGUGCGAGCAGGCCAUGUCGGACCGAGCUGGAGGACCUGGUGCGGGUUCUGUUUCUGGAUAAACCGGAGAAGAGCCACUGCUGAACAGGACUGGGACUGGAAAUGGAGGGGUGGAGGGGGGGCGUAGCUCCGUAUUUUAUGUUAUUACUGCAGUAGAACUUCUGCCAUACGGACGCUUCGGAAAUGGUGGUCAGACAGAGUUCAAAGAUUUGAAUCCUUUAUCGAGUGCAAUGCUAAUUUAACUGUAGUCUCCUAUUUUAAACAGGCUUCUCUCAUUUUGUAGCUACAGUAUAAAACAUAUUUAGGUUUAAUAACCAGUACUUAGAUGAGAAAGAUGGCUUCCAUUAUAAUUCUGAUUAUUUGUUUAAUGGUUGUCAACUUUCCAGUGGAUUCAUCUUUCUCAUGACUCGCUUUUGCUGUUAGAAACUGUUUUUUUUUUCUUUUUAUAUUCUUCAUUGAUGUCUUUCUCGUGUUGAAUUCUAAGCAAUAGUGCCAAGAUAUUACCUGUAGGGAAGAAAACGGCACAGCUCCAAUCUCCGUCGAUGAAGACAAGUUCAUUUCCUGAAUCAGCAGUUGUCAGCAAUGCAGGAAAAUGUAUUCUGGGUUCAACUGAGUUGAUCUGAACCACAAUGUAAGGACUGAACGGCUUUGAAUAGACAUUCUCAGCCUCUGUCGUCCAAGGUGGGAAACAGACAUUUAUAUUCCAACUAAUGUGAUUGAUUUAAGGAGGCCAGUGUCUGGCUCCCCUAAAUCUAUCAGACUGCCAAUCAGUAGGGGGUCUGAUGGUCCAGCUUCCAGAAGCCUGGCCAGGAAACAGUCUAUUGUGCUAUUAAUCAAGUCUCCAUGGCUGGACGGGUUUGCCAUCGCUCACUGCCGGUCCAGUCUGUAAUUGAUUGCUAUGCUCAUCAGUAGCGACGCCACUUUCUUGUAGUUAUGACAAGUCGCCUGAAACCAUCUGGCCAGCAGACAUGGCUGACAUUCAGACACAUUUUUGAGGCUUCAGUGGUAUUAGGACAAUCCCAAAAUCUUACAUCCCCUUUUCUAAUUUUGAUACUGUUUUGAUACUUUUUUUUUUUUGUACGGAAAGUCUGACUCACUUCCAUUUGAUACUUGCCUUUUUGCAUCAGUGAUAAUAACAGAGAAUAUAAUGGUUCUGUUGGUUUCAUGGUUACCCUGUUUGGUUUAAAUAUCUGUCCAUAGUUCUUCUAAGGUUCAUGUAGCUGGGGUUUGAGUGUAUGCCUUUAGGUGACAUGGCCUGAGACCAAACCUUCCUUAGGUUCACUGCAAGGGAAGGGCAAAUGAAGACUGAGAGAAAGGAUUACGCUCAAUGUUUUAACGUAAUUCACAUUUGUGCUAUGAGCUGGGCUCUUUGUUCCUGUGCAGGCCAAGCCUGUCAUUGCUGAAUCAGCUCUAAUCCUGCAGCAAGGGCUUCAAGGAGGGUCCUCUUACAUCUGCUAUAUUCUCUGUUUCUGAUGAUUCUGCUCAGAAGACAAGGUCUUAUCACCUCAAUUUUAGGCACUGUUUCUUCCAUAUUUCUGUGGAUCUUACACAAUUUUAAAUCCAUCUCUCAGUCCUUCCUGCUCCUAGUAAAAAUUUAAUCUUCUUUACUGUGUAUUAUCAUUGACGUUAUUGGUGUGCAAAGCCAGGGAGAGUCUUCUUCAGCUGGAAAAAUGUGUACAUGCCUAAGAGAGAAAAGGGGAUCUGAGGGUGAAAGAAAAGUACUUAUUUUUUUAAACAUCUUGAACAAUUUUCCUUUUGUAUGCUGAAAAAAUUUAGUGUGUCAGAGUUAUGUAUCUGUUUAUGUAAAAACAGAGGAAGCCUGCUAUUUAGCCGCAUGGAAGCACUAUAAUGUAAUAUCUUACUCUGUGUGAUCUUGCCUGUUUGCAGUUGACAUGUUUUGUAUCCUCAUGUUCUUUUUUAUAGUUAUAUUUAAAGCUACAUAUUAAUAGCCACAAUUGUAUGGAGAGAGGCCGAUUGAGAUAUGAAUAAGAUGAUGAUGCUGUCAAACUCAGUGAAGUUUUUUUUUUUUUUUUUGACCAGUAUGUAAGUUUGAAGAAAAUUGAGCUUUGUGGAAGUUGUAUCUGUUUUGUUUUUGUUUUUUUUGUGGUGAUGCUAUAUAAUGUUCUGGCUGUGUAUUUUAAUGAUGAUCCACAUUUUUAUAAUUUUCUUUUGUGAGUCAUGAAGACUGUCGCUGUGGCCGCAGUCCUGUUUGAUUUUAUGGGUCACUCCCAUGAAACAAAUAAAUAAAUGCAUUGAUGCGUUAUUAAGAACACAUUUUCAUCAUUGUUAGUGGGGAGGAAUAUAUCCACAAAUCAGCUUGACAUUUAAAAAUGGCCAUUCCAAAAAUCUGUCUCAAAGAUUUAACAUUUGUUUUAAACUCAAAGAAACAUUAGUGUGCUAAGGUUUCUGUCCUUCCUGAUCGGAGAUAUGCAAAUACCCAAAAUGGAAGUUGUUGCAAAGAAAUAAUAAUGGCAAUCUGAACUCCUUCAUUGGUAGCAGACUAUUGGAAUUGUGGCUGUGUACUAUGAUCAAGAAUUUUCUUUGCAUGUUUAAUCCCAGAUAGCAAGCAUCUCCGGGCCAGAUCUGCGGCAAUUAUGGCCCAAAGUCAGCCGGAACCAGCGCAGAUCCGUCCCAGAAUUGCUUGCUAUCUGCAGCAUACUGCCAUCUUGAAAAAGACCAGUCCCUUAGUUUAAGAGAAAGAAGCAGAGGGACUGCGAGUCGGGGGUCAUAAUCUUUCCCUUCCGUGCUUUUUUCUGUUUAAGAUGCUGAAGCUCAUUCCUGCUGCUGGAUCUGAGAUAAAGGGCUGGAAGGUAUGCAGGCUGUGAAUAAAUCCCAGGCGAUGACAUCUCACCGUUUUCAUGGAGGAAUUAAGACCUGAAAUGUGUGUCGGGCUCUUGUCGGGCGUGUGUGCCUGUUUGUGUCGUACGUGUUGAAAGGAGCUCGUUCUGUGUAUGCUGAGGUGUCAUGCUAAGGACCAAGAACCCUCCUUUGUGAAAGAUAUUUUUCUUAUUCGAGCUUUUCAAACUUCUCAUUAAGUAUUUCUUUUGAAAGUUUGGCUUGUUUUAUUCACAAAAAACCUUCAUGAAAUACAUGUUGGCAUAAUUUAACUAAGGAUAUCUUAAUUUUGUUUUUUUUUUCUGAGGAAAUGUGAUACUUCUAAGGAAAAUUUAUUUGUCUAAAGAAACUUGUGAUAUGAAAUAUUUCCACAUUUUCCUCUCCCUUUUUAUUGGAAAUGGCCCUACAUUAUUUCAGAGGGAAAAAAUGAGAAAAGUGUUAGAAGUAAUAUCCAGCUAGCCCUGCCAGAUGAUCUCACGAGGACCUUGCAAGGUUGUUGACAUGUUAUUCACCGCAAAUGUUGUAGGUACUGACUAAAGAACAAAAACAACGUAGGUUCAUUGUGUAAUCUUACAGAAGCAGAAGAGAAAUGCUUUAUGUAAUGUAGAAGUGGUAUUUUGUUUUUACAUUCAUGAGCGGCCUGUGCAAGCCUUAACUUUAAUUUAUUACUGCGUGUUUACCCUG